AUGUUGACACUGGGUUGUCGAAGUUCAAAGGCUACUGUUCAAUUUCUGGUUGCGGCACCUAAGGAAGCGAUGAAGAGUUUGAUUGACGCGGGCAAGGAUAGCACUGCUUCCUGUGACGAGGAAGCUCCGUUGAAUGAAGAACUUGACUGGCUGGAUGCAUGUUCUAGGAUCUUCCUUUACCGUUCGGGUGAGACCAACGGUGUGGGCGAAGACCUAGCAAUGCGAGAGCUCAAAAAGUAUUUACAGAGGGUGGACCCAGAUGACGCAUUCUCCGAAGUUUCCGACCUGAUCUGUUUUGACAGUGUUGGUUUGACACUGUCAGAGAUCCGGGAAGUACAGGGAAAUAGUCGUUACGCUGAGUUCUUGCAAGUCACCAGUUGCAAUGAUCUGACACCUACGGAAAUGGAGAAUGUUCGUCGGAAGCUCCCCGAAGAAUGGAUGACACUGCUGCACAAACCGUCUCUCGUGAACCCACGUUGCCUGGCGGUCUCCAUGGCCGCCGCUUUAGCCAGUGGGCUGGCUUUGUAUUUUGGAUACCAGUGGUUCGUUUCCGAGAGCCGUGCUCCAUGCAUUGCUGAACAUUGGAUGGAUGAAGAAUUGACUAUGAAUACCACCGUGGCCCACAAUACCACGGAUACCACAAUCGAGAAUACCGCUGCAAUAAAUUCGAUUCCGACGGAUUCGAGGUUCUUGUACUUCGUGUCAAAGGUCGCUGAGAACACGACCAAGAGAAUUUUCGGGACUACUCCACAAUACGAGCCCAACACCACCGCCCAUUAUGGCACAACCUCACAUAUACCCAACACGGAUGACAGUACAUUGGUUGACCUUGCCACUACAGUGGCUGUGAACGUAGCGAGGGAAGCAUUGCAGAAGAAUAUCGUGAACGACGUUGGGACCAUGAAGGAUGUUGCGAAGAAUACCAACGAUGUUGCGAAGAAUACCAACGAUGUUGCGAAGAAUACCAACGAUGUUGCGAAGAAUACCACGUCAAGCGUAAGCGGGAAUACGACCAAGCCAAGUUUGGUAAGAAAGAAGAGAGGGUUGAACUUGAAGUUACAUAUGAGCGAACGUGAGCUGGCGUGGCUGCGAACCAAUUGUCCCGGCGAGUCUUACAAGGUGUUGGAGGAUCACAAGGAACCUGUGCCCCUUUGGAUGAGAAUGGAGGAGGAAGGGCAGUAUCCAUGUGGUGGUCUGAGUGGACAAUUGCGGUGUCAGACAGCUACGAAUAAAACGCCCAAUGUAUGUUAUGCAUUUGGUGGUCCGUGGACCUUCGACGCUUUUGCGGUGAGGGAUGCUAUUAGACGUAGUCAGCAGAGAGUUGGAGACUGCUUUGUGCGAUGCGAUGAGCGGGAUAAGGAAAUGGAGCAUGUCUGGACGGAGACCGGAAGGCAUCUACCAUGGAUUGCAUCGUAUCCUGAAGUUGGGUUCAUCGACUACACUUUCCAUCCCGCAAAAGCCGACAUACAUGAUUUCAAUGCGAUGAUCGAGACACGAUAUCCUCUCGUGGAGAAAUGCUCUGGGAUAUGUUCGAAUUGCCUGAAUGACCCCCGUAUAAGGAGAUGCACAUGUGAUUUUGCGAGGACCAUGUGUUGGGGUGUCGAAUCGAUUGGUUACAACACAGAGAUGGAACGUCAGAUUAAGUUGGUGACUCUGUUUAAUGGUAAUAGUGAAAAAGAAAAUAAGCGUGUUAAGUGCAGAUUAGAAUGCCGUAAGGUAAGGCCGGAUAUUCCGGCAACUUUCGGCACAAAGGCGGAGGUCAAACUUGUGGAAACCGGGGAACCCCCCCGCAGAGGUGAUAAUUCGCUGGAUUGGAUGAUGAGUAGAAGAGAGCUGAGCCUGCUUCAGAGGCCUGUCGAAGAAUGCGGUGGUGAACGCCUAUGGGACAAUAGGCGAUACUGGAUUAAGCUGGAUAAGAUCGGACCGCAUCCAUGUAGAGGUCGAAGUGGAUUAAUCAAGUGUGAGAGGAUGGCGGCAAGUAGCGGCAGGUUCUCAUUGAACCCAGAGGAAUGGUUCCCAUACAAAAACACUUGCCAUCGCUUUGGUCCUCAACAUAUGGGGGUCUAUGCGGUGCAAGAUGCUGCAAGGCAGUAUUUCAGGAAAGUCCGAAAUUGUUUUGUGACAUGUGACACAACCGAACAAGUCUAUCACACCCUAUGGCAGAUGGCCGACGAUAAUCUGGGCCACUUGCCUGGCUACCAAAGCUAUCACUUGCCCAAACCUGACAGUGUAUUAAACCACUUAGAAGAAGAUUUGCGGGAGCACCACCCCACCGAAAAGCGUCAAGUAUCGUUCUGCAACCGACACUGUAUAAUUGCCGAUGACCGUGUCUGUCGCCUAGCCCACGUUGAAUGUGUGUCCGAGUACAAAAACCAACUCCCUGAGACGCUUCAUUCGUUCGGAUUCACAACAAGUGUACGGGACGCGUACAAGAUGCUGGGUAUCCCCGUGGUUGACAAACGCCAAGACCUGGUCAUGCGAAAGUGUAUCACCGAAUGCUAUGGUGAAUUAUGGCCGGUUCCUGAUCAGUGGCCUCUGGGAAAAAAAUAA